AUUUAAGUCAAAGGCCGGCUGGCAACCCCAGCAGGCUGUCCUGUGAGCCGCCAGCAUGGAUGACAUCUACAAGGCUGCGGUAGAGCAGCUGACAGAAGAGCAGAAAAAUGAGUUCAAGGCAGCCUUCGACAUCUUCGUGCUGGGCGCUGAGGAUGGCUGCAUCAGCACGAAGGAGCUGGGCAAGGUGAUGAGGAUGCUGGGCCAGAACCCCACCCCUGAGGAGCUGCAGGAGAUGAUCGACGAGGUGGACGAGGACGGCAGCGGCACGGUGGACUUUGAUGAGUUCCUGGUCAUGAUGGUUCGGUGCAUGAAGGACGACAGCAAAGGGAAAUCUGAGGAGGAGCUGUCUGACCUCUUCCGCAUGUUUGACAAAAACGCUGAUGGCUACAUCGACCUGGAUGAGCUGAAGAUAAUGCUGCAGGCUACAGGCGAGACAAUCACGGAGGACGACAUCGAGGAGCUCAUGAAGGAUGGAGACAAGAACAACGACGGCCGCAUCGACUAUGAUGAGUUCCUGGAGUUCAUGAAGGGUGUGGAGUAGAUGCUGACCUUCACCCAGAGCUGCCCAUGCCCAGCCUCCAACUCCAGCUGAGUCCUGGGGUUGGGGAGGGCGUCGGGGUCUCAGGACCUGAGCCUGGCCAUAUCCUCAACCCCAAAUCCCCCGACUCCCUCCCCAGAUCUGUCCUGGGGGAUGAAAAUAAAGCCUGCUCUCCUGA